CAGCAUUUCAGCAAGCGGCGGCGGCACCCGCGGGGAGGCGGGGGGCGCGGGGCCGUGGGGACCGUGGGGCUGCCCUGCCCAGCUCAGCCCAAGCGAGGCGGCAGCCCGAACCGGCGGGACCCGAGGGCUUGGCCCCACUGCCCGGCAGAUCGCGGCGGUCAGCGGGGAGGGUCAGCGGCCCAGGCCAGCGGCCCCGGGGCCAGCCGCGAUGUCGUCCACCGUGAACAACGGGGCGGCCAGCAUGCCGUCCCCACCCGACGCGGCGAACGGCUUCCCGCAGCCCGGCGCCUCCUCGGGGGCCUGGCCGCGGGCGGAGGAGGAGCUGCGCGCCGCGGAGCCCGGCCUGGUGAAGCGCGCGCACCGCGAGAUCCUGGACCACGAGCGCAAGCGACGCGUGGAGCUCAAGUGCAUGGAGCUGCAGGAGAUGAUGGAGGAGCAGGGGUAUUCGGAGGAGGAGAUCCGGCAGAAAGUGGGGACAUUCCGGCAGAUGCUGAUGGAGAAGGAGGGAGUGCUCACCAGGGAGGACCGGCCUGGGGGCCACAUCAUGGCGGAGACCCCGCGGCUGACCGAGGGCGCCGAGCCGGGCCUGGAGUACGCGCCCUUCGACGACGACGACGGCCCGGUGGACUGUGACUGCCCGGCCGCCUGCUACCGCGGCCACCGCGGGUACAGGACCAAGCACUGGUCUAGCAGCUCGGCAUCGCCCCCUCCCAAGAAAAAGAAGAAAAAGAAAGGCGGCCACCGGAGAAGCCGCAAAAAGAGGAGACUGGAGUCCGAGUGCAGCUGUGGGAGCUCCUCACCCCUCCGCAAGAAGAAGAAGAGUGUGAAGAAACAUCGCCGAGACAGGUCUGAUUCUGGGUCCCGGAGGAAGAGACGGCACAGAUCUCGAAGCUCCAAGAGUAAAAGAAAAGAGAAGAACAAAGAGAGGAAGAGGCCUCACACAGAGUCCCCAGGCCGGAGGUCUCACCGCCACAGCAGCGGCAGCUCCCACAGCCCCUCCCUGUCCUCCCACUACAGUGAUUCCAGAUCUCCUAGCAGGCUGAGCCCCAAGCACCGAGACGAAGGGCGAAAGACGGGCAGCCAGCGGUCCAGCGGGAGCCGGUCGCCUUCCCCGUCCGGCGGCAGCGGAUGGGGGUCGCCCCAGCGGAACGGCGGCAGCGGGCAGCGGAGCGGAGCGCACGGGGGCCGCCCCGGCUCGGCGCACAGCCCGUCCGAUAAGCCCAGCUCGCCCUCGCCCAGGGCCCGUGACAAGGCGGCGGACCCCGCACCCACGCCGCCCGCGCGGGGGAAGGAGAGCCCCAGCCCGCGCUCGGCGCCGUCGUCCCAAGGUCGCGGAGGCCGCGCGGCGGGCGGGGCGGGCAGGCGGCGGCGGCGGCGGCGGAGGCGGCGGCGCUCCCGGUCCUCGGCUUCCGCGCCCCGCCGCAGGGGUCGCCGGCGCGCCCGGCCCGCACCCCCCCGGGGCUCGUCGCGCUCGCUCAGCAGGGCCCGCUCCAGCAGCGACUCCGGCAGCGGCGGCGGCGCCCCCGGCCCCGGGCCCGAGCCCGGCUCCGAGCGAGGCCACGGCGGACACGGGAAACGGGCCAAGGAGCGGCCCCCGCGCGCGCGGCCCGCCAGCACCUCUCCGUCCCCGGGCGCGCACGGCCGGCGCGGCGGCCCGGAGGGGAAGAGCUCGUCGCGCAGCCCGGGCCCGCACCCCCGCUCCUGGAGCUCCAGCCGCUCGCCCUCCAAAUCGCGCUCGCGCUCCGCGGAGAAGCGGCCCCGCAGCCCCAGCCGCUCGCCGUCGCCGAAGAAGCCCCUCGGCCGAGACAAGGACGGCGAGGGCCGCGCGAGGCACGCCGAGGCCGAGGCCGCCCGCGCCCGGCGCCGCUCCCGCAGCUACUCGCCCAUCCGCAAGCGGCGCCGGGACUCGCCAAGCUUCAUGGAGCCGCGGCGCAUCACCAGUGCCCGGAAGCGUCCUAUUCCGUACUACCGGCCCAGCCCCUCUUCCUCCUCCAGCUGCCUGAGCAGCGACUACUCCACCCGGAGCCACAGCCGCAGCCCCAGCCCCGGCCACAGCCACGGGAGCUACAGCAGUCGCAGUCGUGGGACCCGAAGCCGGACACGAAGCCCCUCUCAGACCCCCAGUCCCAGCUACCACAGCCGGAGCAGCUCCGAAAGCGGGGGCUUCUGAGCCCAACAAGACUCAGCUUGGUGCCCCCCUGACACUGGGAGAGGCGAGGGGCGGGCCCCAGGACCCCGGCGGGGAGGGCGCUGCACCUUCUUGCCCCCAAGGCUACAAAGAGGUCCCAGGGCCAGUGCACGGGCAGAUGGGACCAGGGAAGACUUUGAGGGUGGGCACCCGGUGGACACGGAGAAGCCAGAUGUGCUGCUUCUAAGGGUGUCCUCUCCCACCUCCUGUCCACCCACCGUGCCCAGGGAACAAAGAGCCGUUACGAACACAGGGAUCUCCCCGCCCCCCCUUCCUGCUGAUGCCAACUCACCAGGCUUGGGGACUGCUGCCGGUGGCUGGUAGGAGAAUCUACAAUCUGCUCCAUCACCUCACUUUAGCUCAGUGCAGCCAGGGACACCUUGCAAGGUGCCAGCCCUGGGAGCCCCUCUCUCCCACUCCACAGCUCCCUCCACUCCUAUCACUGGGCGGCCGAGGAGGUGGUACAGCACGCAGGAUCAAAGCUAGACAGAAGGAGGAACAGCCCCACCCUUGGUGCACCCCCGUCCAAGCUGGGAGCUGCGUCCUUUUAAGCCGGCUGCAAGAGGAUCCUGGCUGAGGGCUGGUGGCUGGCCCCACAGCCUCCCCAACCUCCUCCACUGGCCCAGGAGUGCCUAGACGGGUGCCCCCCAAAGGCCCAGCCUGGGGAGCUGGGCACCUCACUCUUUGUCUAACCUCUCCAGGCCACACUCUCCUCACCCCAUGCCCUGGGCCGAGGUUCUACCAGACAGGCCUUCUGCAUGACAAGAGGUGGGGGGUACAGACCUCAGGUGCAUUUGACCCUGAGGUCAAAAGGGGUUCAGGUCAAGAGGUGGGAGAGGAAAGGGGGAGGUGGGAGGUGGAAUCUGUAGGGAAGAGAAAAAAGAACGUCAUCCACUGACUUGAGCAGACCCUGGGGAGUGGAGACAGGUCCCCGGGGAGGCAGACAGGUGACAGGUCAUUAGUGCCCCCAGCCCCACCCAAGAGGAGGGCAGCCUGUGCCUGGCAUCUGGGCAUGGGCCGGAUGACAGCCCAGGGUCUCAGGCAUAGGAUAACACGUGCAUUGGACCUGCCGAGCGUGUACCUCGGGGGUCUGAUGGGGCCACGGCCAACCGAGCUUCUGCAGAGACAGAGGCUGCAGCCCCUGGAAGGGAGGGGAAGGAGGAGGCUGAGGGCCUUGACCUGAGGCAACGAUGGGGAAGCAGUGGCCCCCAGUCCUCUUCUGCCGCUCCCAGCCCCCUCCUCCUGGGGCCCUCAGGGAUCUCACAAUGUCUUCCUUGGCCCAACCAGGCAGAUGCCCCGGGCUCCAGUGGGGGGAGGGGUCCGGGGUCUGGUCCGGGUUCCCUGCUUUCUCUAUGUCCCCCCUCCCUCUUUCUCCGCGGUGCGGAUAAAAAUUGGACUCGAAUAAAACCCUUGGUGCCCGGAUGG